AUGGAGACUUUGAAAGAUGAUUUGGAAGAAGUGAAGCCAGAAAAAGGUGAGGAUACAAAUCUGACUGUGGUCGCAGAAUUUUUCCUCUUAGGAUUUCAAGGCAACCAACUUUUCAGAAAUGUUCUAUUCCUUCUGUUCAUUCUUGUCUUUGUUGCCACAAUAGGUGGGAAUCUCCUGAUCAUCACCCUUGUGUCCACCAGCAAGAACCUCCACACUCCAAUGUACUACUUCAUCUCACAACUGUCCAUAAGUGACAUCUUAUUAUCCACAAAUAUUGUUCCCAAAAUGCUCCACAUCCUACUGAAUAAUGGGGCGAACAUCAGUUUUAUUGGUUGUUUUACUCAGUUUUAUUUUUUUGUUAGCACUGAUACAUUUGAAUGUCUUCUUCUCACUGUGAUGUCUUAUGACAGAUAUGUGGCCAUCUGUAAUCCUCUCCAUUACGCCUCUGUCAUGACUAAUAGGUGUUGUGUCUCAUUGAUCCUUACUUGUUGGUUGUUGGGUAAUUUUGAUUCAUUCAUUGUCACCAUAACACAAUCAAGGCUGAACUUUUGUGGGUCAAAUAUCAUUGACCAUUUAUUCUGUGACUUUCUCCCCUUACUAGAACUUGCCUGUUCUGAUACCUUCAUUGUUCAUUUACAGAUGUAUGUUUUGGGAAUUCCAAUUGUAAUUAUCCCAACCACAAUCAUUGUAGUGUCUUAUACUUAUAUUGUUAUAACAGUCUUAAGGAUCCCAUCCAGUACUGGUAGACAAAAAGCCUUCUCCACCUGUAGCUCCCACCUCAUUGUGGUCUCCAUAUUUUACUGGUCUAUGUUCAGUGUCUAUAUUCUUCCAUCAAGAGGACAAACAUCAGAUAUUAAUAAAAUCUUGUCUCUGCUGUAUACUGUAUUUACUCCAUUUAUUAACCCCAUUAUAUACAGUCUGAGGAAUAAAGACAUUGAAAAAGCCGUACAAAGAACAUUCCAUAAACUUAUGUAA